UGUGUACAAAAAAUUUACCUUAAAAAAUAAUUUGUAAAAAAUGCCGCUUUGUAUUGCAAUCGGUUGUUGCAAUAAAAGCUACCGAAAAAGCAAAGAGCAAAUUAAUAUUGAAAAAAAUAUUGCAAUUACAUUUCACCGUUGUUAUAGGCUUAUUGACGGAAGCUCCUCGCGUGAACCGCGUGAACGUUGUUUUUACGCACGGACUUCGGUGGAUUGAAACGUACCUUGCAUGCUACUAUUUAUUUUAUAUACAAUUUAGUUGAUAUGUGUGUUUCAUUAGAUUUCCACAAGAUGAAUCAAAAAAAUUAACUUGGACUAAAGUUAUGGGCCUUCAGAUGGAAUGUUUACCCAAGUCUUCACAUUUAUGCUCGUUGCAUUUUUCGGACGACGACUUCGAUCGCAGUUCCCUGACACGAAUAAGAUUGAGAGAAAAUGCCAUUCCAAUUUCAAAUAUUUCAAAAGUUGCGGGUGCAGAAGAAGUCUCUUUGCAAAGUAAUACAUUGUCAGCUACAUCAACAGAGUCGGUGCACGAGGAUGAUUCGAUUUGCGAGCCGGAAAUAAGCAGAAUUACAUUAAAAAGAAAAAGAGAAGAAGAGUCUACUUCAUUUGGUGUGUAUACCGAGCGACUGGAGGAUACACCACGGAAAAAAUUAUUGCGCAAAACUUUAAUGCACCAAAAGAAAUAUUAUGAAAGGCAAGUGCAAACAUUAAAACAAAAAAAUAAGCGGUAUGAGAAACGGAUCGCGCAAUUGAAUAUAGUUCUAAAAGAACUCAAACAAAAAAGUUUAUUGGCAGACGAACAUGCCGAUAUAUUAAAAACAAUAGACUUGGUUUCCCCAUCCAAUUACAAAUGACAAAAUAUUUAUUUUUCCUGAUCCAUGUCAUAUGAUAAAGCUUAUUCGCAACUUGUUUGGAGAUAUGAAAGUAAUUAUUGAUGGAUUAAACCAACUUAUCCAAUGGCAGUACAUUUUAGAUUUACAUAAUCUACAAAAACAAGAAAGCUUACAUUUAGGAAAUAAGUUACGGUCAGCACAUAUUCAAUAUAAAAAACAGAAAAUGAAAGUUCGUUUCGCUACUCAGUUAUUUAGUAAAUCUGUUGCUCAAGCACUUCAACUUUGUAAAGAAAACUUAUGUCUUCCACAGUUUCAAGAUUGUUCAGCAACAAUAGAAUUUUUAUCCAAAUUUAAUGAUUUAUUUGACAUUUUUAAUUCCAAAAACAUGAAUCAGUUUAAUUAUAAACAAUCUAUUAACUCUUGGAAUUAUA